AUGAAAGUUAAGAAACGUGGGAGAAACUGUCAUAUUAAGGAAAUCCAGGUAGAGGAAAAUCGAACCUCUCAAUCUUCAUUCUUCAAUCAUCCGGUCAGAGGUAGAGGAAAAUCGAACCUCCUCUCCCGAUUUACUCGCAACGAGUUCUGCUUGGAAUCCAAGUCCACCAUUGGCGUCGAGUUUGCUACUCGCACUCUUCAAGGUAAGUUUAGUGUCAUCAAUUGUUUUUUCUCGAAUGUAAUCCAUGGUAUAGCCUUGCAUGAGAAGUAG